GCACGCGCAACAUGGCGCGUGUUGUCGCGCUCCUUUUAUUAUACACAAGCAUCGCGCGCGCAGAAAUUUUAGCACCCCCAUACUUUAACUUGGAACUUGGUAAGAAGAUUACUGCUACUGCGACAUGUGGUGACGAGGGACCUGAACUAUACUGCAAAUUAGUUGGCGCCAAUGCUGAUCACGAUGAACGUGUCAUCCAAGGACAGGUCUGCGAUUUCUGCGAUAGUACAAAUGAAGCAAAGAAGCACCCGCCAGAAUAUGCCGUCGAUGGUAUGGAGACGUGGUGGCAGAGUCCGCCUCUGUCUAGAGGCAUGAAGUACAAUGAAAUCAACUUGACCAUCGAUCUCGGUCAGGAAUUUCACGUGGCUUAUGUAUUCGUGCGUAUGGGUAACUCUCCUCGACCUGGUGUAUGGUCACUUGAAAAAUCUACCGAUUAUGGGAAAACGUUCAAACCGUGGCAGCACUUUUCUGAUUCUCCACAAGACUGUGAAAGAUAUUUUGAAAAAGAAAGUCUUCAACCCAUUACAAAAGACGAUUCUGUCAUAUGUAGUACGGAAUAUUCUAAAAUAGUACCAUUAGAAGGAGGAGAAAUACCUAUUUCACUGUUGAACAACCGCCCAUCGGCCAAUAAGUAUUUUAAUUCAUCGGUGCUACAAGAAUGGACAAGAGCAACCAAUGUCAGAUUACGUUUGCUACGGACAAAAAAUUUACUCGGCCAUCUCAUGUCGGUGGCAAGACAGGAUCCCACAGUUACGAGACGGUACUUCUACAGUAUUAAAGAUAUAAGUAUCGGUGGUCGCUGCAUGUGUAAUGGUCAUGCAGACACAUGUGACCCAGCAGACCCUGAAAGUGAAACCACAAUUUUGGUGUGUCGUUGCCAACACAAUACAUGUGGACCUCAAUGUGCUGCUUGCUGUCCAGGAUUCGAACAGAAGAAGUGGAGAAUAUCCCAAAACUGGGACAGAUUCGCCUGCGAACCAUGUAACUGCCAUAAUCAUACUACGGAGUGUGAAUACGACGCGGACGUUGAUGCGAAAGGUCUGUCUCUCGACAUUCAUGGAAAUUAUGAGGGUGGAGGCGUUUGUAAGAACUGCCAACAUAAUACCGAAGGUAUUAACUGUAACAAGUGCCAAGCAACAUUCUACAGGCCUUAUGGCAAGCGCUGGGAUGAACUAGAUGUCUGUCAACCCUGCAAUUGUGACCUCCACUACUCAACGGGUAAUUGUGAAGAAGAGACUGGUCGGUGUGAAUGUAGACGUGAGUUCAACCCACCAAAUUGCGAUUCCUGCUCAUAUGGCUAUUUCGACUAUCCUGACUGUAAGCCCUGCACUUGCAAUCUAAACGGUACAGAAGGGCAACACUGCAUUCCAACUGAUGGAAUGUGUCCCUGUAAAUACAAUUAUGCAGGAAAAUCGUGUGAGAUAUGCGCUGAUGGCUAUUACUCGCCGGAAUGUAAAAACUGCGAAUGUAAUUCCGUCGGUUCAGUAUCACAAGUGUGUGAUAAAAAUAGCGGCAAUUGUACAUGCAAAAGCAAAUAUAGUGGAAGAACUUGUAAUCAAUGCGAGGCCGGAUAUUACAACUAUCCAACGUGCAAACAUUGUAAUUGCGACACCAGUGGUACACAACCUAACAUCUGCGACGAUGUCAAUGGACAAUGCAUUUGCAAACCAGGAUUUGGGGGCCCGCGAUGUGAUCAAUGUAUCGCAGGAUACUACAUGGAAGUCCGAGGUCGAGAAAGAUCAUGUGUACCUUGCAACUGCUCUCCAACGGGUUCGACUUCAACGAGUUGCUCCGCUGACGGAAAAUGCAAUUGUCUUGUUAACUUCGGUGGCAAGCAAUGCGAUCAAUGCUCACCAGGAUACUACAAAUUCCCAGAAUGUUUACCCUGCAACUGUGACGAAUCUGGUACCAUCGGUUCAACAUGUGACGACAAUGGCCAAUGUCACUGCAAACCUAACUUCGAUGGAGUUAACUGUGAUAAGUGCAGAGAACAGUUCUAUAACUACCCAGCCUGUGAAGAGUGCAACUGUGAUCCGAGGGGUGUUGUGGCUUCUUUUGCUGGUUGUGGAUCCGUACCAGCUGGAGAACUUUGUCAAUGUAAGGCUCGUGUCCAAGGCAGGAUUUGUAAUGACUGCAAACCACUUUUCUGGAAUCUACAAGAUUACAACCCACAAGGAUGUCAAGAAUGUAGCUGCAACCUUGCCGGCACCCUCGGCGGUCUCGGUGCUUGUAAUACCCGUGACGGACAGUGCACGUGUAAAAUGCACGUUGGCGAAAAACAGUGUAACCAGUGCCAAGACGGUUUUUACAAUUUAGAAACAUACAAUCAAUUUGGAUGCACAGCCUGCGAUUGUGAUAUCGGCGGUUCGAUAGACAACAACUGUGACAAAGGCACCGGCCAGUGCCGUUGUCACUCACGCGUGGAGGGUCGGCGCUGCGACCGCCCGAUCCCUGCUCACUACUUCCCGACCCUGCACCAGUUUCAGUACGAAGUGGAAGAAGGACUAACGCAGUCCGGUCCUGUCAGAUAUAGAAAUUCUGAAGACGUCUUCCCUGGAUACUCUUGGAAAGGAUAUGUUGUAUUUUCUCUGCUACAGAAUGAAGUUAUCAACGUCGUUCAUAUCGGAAAAUCUUCUUUGUAUCGUAUGGUAUUGAAAUACGCAAAUCCACUCCGAGAUCCAGUCACAGCAACUAUUGUUAUCACACCGGAGAGUGUAGUCGAAACGCAACAAAGAUUCAACGUGUAUUUGAGGCCAACCAUUCAACCACAACUUAUAACAGUUUUAGUGGAAAAAGGUAAUGCGCCUGCGCCUUUCGUCAUGAACGCUGGAAACUGGACUGUCACUAUUAAAACUACUAAAGAAAUUAUGAUUGAUUACUUCGUUCUCAUACCUGAAGCUUAUUAUGAGGCCACGGUAUUAACAAAACUAGUAGACAAACCAUGUGUUAUCGGUGACAAGAACUUGUGCAGGCAUUUCGCGUAUCCCAGUGUUGAUGGACGACCUACAACAAACGUAUCAAAAAUGGUAUCAGCGGUCACCGAGUUUAUAAACGAUCCUGAGCAAUUAAAAGAAUACAACGCAGGUCCAAACGAUAUACCAAUAAUCAAUCAAAGCGAACAAAACGAACUAGAAUACAACAUGAAAAUAGAUCCCAGUGGAUCUUAUGUUCUCGUAAUUGAAUACGUCACGCCGAUCAAUAGAACGGCAUUGAAAAUAAGUGAAACCAGCUCCGACCCUUCAGGUGGAAUUUAUAAUCUGUUUCCGAGAGGAGUAGUUGUUAUAAGAUUUCAGUCUGGAGACAGCUCUGAAUCAUUCGCCUUGGCUAAUCUUAAUGACUGUCCGUAUACUGCACCCUGCAGGCAAGUAGUCGUCGAUGACUUGUCAAAGAUCUUCACUUUCCACGUUCAAGAUCCUAAUAAUGUCGUAUAUGUUAACGGAGAUACGAGCACACUGGCUGGUAUAAAGUCAAUAAUUGCAAUUCCUGAAUCUGAAUGGCAUUUGGACUACAUCACGCCGCGCCCAUACUGCUUAAGACGAGACGGACGCUGCAUUCCCGCUGUAUUCCCUACCGCUGUGGACUCUAAGAAGGUUGAAAUAGAAACGGGUACUGGAGGAAAUCGCGACAUAAGACCACCAAUCCUUGACAACUCUACGAUAGUUGUAUACCUCGCUCCAGACUUCGAACCAAUCAAAAUAGAAUCCAAGGUACCUUCAUCUGGAGACUAUAUGUUCGUCGUGCACUAUUACCAACCAAAUCAUCCUAAAAGCAGUAUUAACAUUAACCUAACGGCUGAUGGUCAACAGUACGAGACCUCUAUACCAAUUGAACAUUGCCCUUCAAAUUCUGGAUGUAGAGCUUUGAUAACACAGGCAGACGGAAAUACACAGUUUGCCGUGAACGAAAACUUCACGAUUGUAUUCAAGGGAGACACUAGCAAAGGCCUAUGGCUGGAUUACGUUCUUGUUGUUGCAAAAUCAGACUUUGUAGACUCGGCCUUAACCGAAGCUAAUAGGGUUGAUUACACUCGGGAGUUUAUCGAUAAAUGUGCUGUCAACCAUUACUACAUAAAUUCUAAUGAGACCGGCUUCUGUCGCGACGCAAUGUUCUCCAUCACUUCUGAAUAUAACAGUGGUGCGUUAGGCUGCUUCUGCGAUUUCAUGGGAUCUACGGAACUCGAAUGUAAUACCUUCGGAGGACAGUGUCCAUGCAAAGAAAACGUUAUCGGCAGAACAUGUACGGCCUGCCGAACAGGAUACUAUGGCUUCCCUAAUUGCAGACCCUGCCAUUGUCCAAUAACUGCAAUUUGCGAUGAAAAUGGGGAAUGUAUAUGUCCAAAGAACGUGGAAGGUGAGAACUGCGAUCGCUGCAAACCUUACACGUUCAACUUUGACGUUCAACGCGGUUGUGAUGACUGCAACUGUAACCCACUGGGAGUGAUUGACAAUGAGUUGCAAUGUGAAGCCGAUAGUGGCAACUGUCUGUGUAAAGAAAAUGUCAUAGGUCGUGUUUGUGAUCAUUGCGUUCCCGGCCAUUACGCCUUUCCUGACUGUCUACAAUGUACUUGCGACCUUGAUGGUAGCACUGACGAUGUUUGCGACCAAAACACAGCUCAGUGCUACUGUAAAAAACAUGUCAGAGGCCAGGCUUGCAAUGUCUGCAAAGAUGAAUAUUUCAAUCUUCAACCAGACAAUCCUGACGGUUGUACGAAGUGUCAUUGCUUUGGCAAAACCACGAGAUGUAGUAGUUCAUACUUGUCUUGGGCUGAGAUUAACGGUAUGAACGAAUGGUACCUUGUUAAUGUUGAGGCUAAUCGCACAUUAAACAUUUUCCCCAUCACUGUGCCUCCUACAGUGUUAAAUGAUUCAGUCAUCGGAGCAGAUCUAGCAAGCAACGAUGAUGGUGCGCAGAAAGUCGUGUACUUUGGCGCACCUGAUUAUUAUUUAGGAAAACGUCUUACGUCAUACGGGGGUUACCUUACCUACUCCAUCUUUUAUACCACUCAAGAAGGCGGCCAUGCGAUUGAUGCAGCUGACGUUAUCAUUGGAGGAGCUAAUGGAUACAUUGUUCAUAAUAGCAUUGAACAGCCACCAGCGCUCGAGAAUUGGAUACACAGUGUUAGGUUAUCAGAAGAUGAAUUCAAUAAUUUAGACGGAUCUGCAGUUACCAGAGAUCAGCUUAUGAAUGUUUUGGUCAACAUAACAAGCAUUUAUAUAAGAGCUACAUAUUGGCAUGAAGCCGUUACGACAAGAUUAAUAGCAGUAACUUUGGAUGUCGGGGUCGAAGAAUAUGCAGAGGGUGACCGAAGAGCUUCUUCAGUGGAGGAAUGUCAUUGUCCAAAGGCUUAUAGAGGACUUUCAUGUGAACAAUGUGCUGAAGGUUAUUACAGACUCAGUUCAGGUCCUCACGCCGGAUUUUGUGUACCUUGCCAAUGUAAUGGACACUCGAAAGAAUGUGAUGUUAACACCGGAAUUUGUUUGGAAUGUACUGAUAACACAAUGGGUGACCAUUGCGAACAAUGUAUUCUCGGAUACCACGGCGAUGCGACGGUCGGCACACCCAGAGAUUGUUUGAUUUGUGCUUGCCCAAUACCCUACGCUUCCAACAAUUUUGCAGUGGGAUGCGACCUUAGUGGGAAUGGAUCACUCAUAUCUUGCGUUUGCAAACCGGGAUACGAUGGAGCCAGGUGUGAAUACUGCACAGCCGGCUAUUAUGGCAUUCCAGAAGAAAUCGGUGACUACUGUAAGCCUUGCAACUGCUCUGGGAAUAUAAACACGAACGACCCCGGCUCCUGUGACAGCAUCACUGGUGACUGUCUUAAGUGCGUAAACAAUACGGCUGGAGCUGCUUGUAACCUAUGCGCACCCGGCUUUUUCGGAGACGCUAUCUUCUCUAAGAACUGUACAGCUUGCGUCUGUGACGAAUACGGAAUGGAACGAUGUGAUCCUGCAACGGGUACAUGCGUCUGCCGGCCAGGUGUUAUUGGUGAGAAAUGCGAUCGCUGCGCUCCCAACCACUACGGGUUAAGCAGCGGUCAAGGAUGCACUCCUUGCGAUUGUGGCAUCGCUUCAGAGUCCACUCAGUGUGACGAUAAUACUGGACAUUGCAGAUGUGCAAAAGGAGUGACUGGAAAGCACUGCGAUCAAUGUGCUGCUGGAUAUUGGAACUACACCAAGGAAGGAUGUGAUCACUGUAAUUGCAACAAAGGGUAUUCAGUUGGGUUCAUGUGCAACGCCACAGGACAGUGUGAAUGUCUUCCUGGAGUGAUUGGUGAAAAAUGUGAUCGCUGUCCAGAAAGAUGGGUUUUAAUACCACAAGAAGGAUGCCUAGAAUGUGAUUCUUGCACAGAUGCCCUUAUCUUUACUGUACAGGACCUAAACGAUUUAUUGAGCACCGAAACUCUAGAUUUUAAGGAUAAAGCAGAUACAUUCUUUACGACUCAAAGACUCAACUAUAUUUCCAAUCAAACUGAACUACUGAAACCCAAAGUAGCAGAAUUAAAGAAUGUAGAUCUAGAUGAAGUUACGGCGGCGGUGAAAGGAUUGGAAACGAGUGCUAAAAAUCUUUUGCGAUCGGCUGAGUUUGCAGCAACCGAUAGUGACAAGCAAAUUGUAAGAGCUGCAGAUUUAACUAGUACUGCUGACGAAGUCCUCGGUUCAGUGCGAGAAAAUGGGCAAAAAGCUAAAGAUAUAGUAUCUCACGUUUCGGAACUUGCUACAGGUCUUGAACUAAGUCAGCAACCUAAAGUAGAUAGCGCGUUACAAGAAGCUAGACAAAUUAAAAGUGAUAUAGCUGAAAAAGAUUUGAAACCCAAAGAACAACUAGCAUUUAAUGCUUACACAAAUGCAACCGAACAAAUAGAAAGAAUGAACAUUUUCGUGCAACCUGUGAUUCAACAGAUAAAGAGAUUCGAGUCUAUUAUGAACGAUACCCAUGAAUUGAAAAAGAAACUCAAUGAAAUGCUCGAAUACACUACUUUUGCUCAACAUACUGCUACGGAAGCUGAAAAACUAAACACAAACAAUAGGAAGUCUAAAUUCGGAAACAAAGUUUCAUCGGUUACCAAAUUAAAUGGCGCUGCUAUGAAAGAUUUAAUUGAUGCUGCUAUUGAUAUCAAUAACGCAACAUUUUUCACUUCAAAAGUAGACGCUAUUACAAAAGAUGCUGUCAAUGUUCUAAAUGAGAUAAAUGCCGUUAACGAUGAAACGGAAAAAAGUUUAAUGACUAUUGCAGAAACAUUGCCGAAUUUAAGCAAUUUAACCGAUGAAGCACUAGCCCAUGCAAGCAAUUUGAGAAAUAGAGCUGAUAGUUUGAGAGCGUUAGCUGAACGAGAAAAUAAUAACACCCGAACUAAGGAUGCAUACAGUGCAGCAUCUGCUUAUUCAUCUAUAGUUCAAGAAAUUGGGGACGCUAAAAAGGCUAGUGACGAAGCCGAAGCAGCAGUCGCAAACAUCUCUAAUGUUAAUACGUUGCUUAAUAACCGUGUAUCGCCAGCACGGGACCGAUCCCUCGCUCUUUCGGAGCGUGCUACUUUAGCUCUAGCAAAUGUAGAACAAAAACUACGACCGAAUCUGACACAAGCUGAUAUAGCAUUAAGAAAUGCAACGUCUACACUUGGCUAUGCUGAUGAUGAGAAUAAUGCCAUACUAUUAUCACUGCCAAACGCCCCACAAACAUCACUUGAAAAAGAGACAGAAAAAGCCGAUAAAGUUUCUGAAACAGUAAAAUCAACAAUAGAUAUUAUGUCUAAUCUUGGAAACGACUUAGCAUCCAGCAAAGAAUGGGCACAGACUUUACCAAAAUUGGCUGACGAUGCCCAGAAAAUGACUUCUAACAUUGAAAACUUGUUAAAUAACAUCGGUGAAAUGGAUCCAAUGAUAUCAACCACUUAUCAGACUGUUAAAAUGAAACAACUGAAUCUUGAAAACCGUCGCCAAGAAGCGGAUGAAAAACUUCAGAAACUUAGGUCUCUUAUUGAGCAAGCGCGUACUGUAGCUAAUCGUAUACCAGUAGGUGUUACUUUCGACCGUCGAUCGACUCUUCAGCCUCGUCUACCCGAAACUGUAGAUGAAAUGUCAACUUCUACGCACGUAUCCGCGUACUUCAGAACAAAAGAAAACAACGGAUUCAUUUUAUACUUAGGAAACCCGAAAGACACCAUGCUCAGAAGAACUAAAUCGGACGACUUUAUGGUGUUGGGAGUACAAAAUGGUUAUCCGUACUUGGUAAUGGAUAUCGGUGACAGUGCCGAAUCUGGUCGUGAACCAGCCCGAAUAGGUAGCGAAAAGUUCGUUGCUGAUAACAGAUGGUACCAAGUUAUUGUUGAUAGAGUGGGGCGCAAUGUUAAGUUAUCAAUACGCGAAAGUCUUGACAACGGUACUGAUAAAAUCCAUGACAAAGAAGCUGUAUUACCAGGACAACAUACUAUAUUUAAUUUGGAUCGAGAAAAAUCAAAACUUUAUGUUGGAGGAGUACCAUCAGACGCCAAAUUGCAGGGUAUUAGUUUUCCAGCAUUCGAAGGUCAAAUUGAGGAACUAAUGAUAGGCGACACCCCCGUUGGACUGUGGAACUUUGUUAAUGCUGCCAAUUUAAAGGGAGCUAGACAAAGAGACAAGUUAAUAUCAUCACAAUCGGGUCCUCAAGAAUAUCGAUUUAAUGGGCGUUCUCACGUUAUAAUGCCAGGCCGAGGAUACCUUGGAUCUCAGAAAAAUCAAGUUUUACUAUUCUUUAGGACAUAUGCUCCAGAUGGUCUGAUAUAUUUGGUAGGAGAAGAUAAACAUUUCUUCUCAAUACAAAUGCAAGAUGGUCAUGUCUAUCUACAGGUUUCACUCGGCAAUCCAGAUGAUAUGGUUAUUAUUGGUACUACGAAAACAUACAAUGAUGGUAAAUGGCAUAGACUCGACGCUGGCAGAUAUUUCACUUCAUGUUCCCUUAGAGUUGACAAUGAAAUAAUAAAAAUGGUAUCGACGUCAGACGUUAAAGAAAUUACUGCAUUAGACACAAUGAACUUUGGAGGAAACAACAAGGACAUUAUACAUGUGACCAAUAAAGGUUUUGACGGAUGUAUUAGACAAAUUAGUAUAGAUGGUGUUAAUAUAGAUUUGAGUGAAAAUGUUGAAUCAGUUGGAAUAGCUUAUGGAUGUCAGUUUGCAUCACUCGUUUCUUUGUCGGGAGAAAACAGUUACCUUCGCUUCGUAGAUAUAACUACGGAGAACCUACAAUUGACGCUGAAGUUCAAAACGUCCAGUGCAGACGGUUUGCUCUUUGUGUAUGUGAGUCGAACUGUAACCAUGGCCAGGGCGGAUAGUAUAUCCCUUUCCCUCAUCAGAGGAACUCUGGUCCUCAUGAGUCAACGUGAAACCCUCGACACGGGACUGAGCACGUACAAUGAUUCACAGUGGCAUGUGGUCACUGUAACCCACAGUAGUAAAGCUUUAAGACUCGUCGUGGAUGAUUUCGACUACUUUAGUACGGAUUCAGCUCCAGCGCCACUCCAUAUAUUAGAUGGGGUCCUGUUUGUGGGUGGGCUACAACCUGGCUACGUUGUUGGUGGUAAGGUGGGGUCCAAGGUGCCGUUCAAAGGAUGCAUCGCAGAUGCUACCAUUAACGGAAGAGUUUUGAACCUACUAGAACCCUUCGGUAACUACAGCGUUACUUUUGGGCGUUGUGGGAAAACUACCACGACAGGAGGCGUGCCCCCAGACGUCGGAGCGUGGCCGGCCCCAACACAAGGUGAUGUUCUUCCAACGCCAAGCCUUAUUGACCCUGUACAAGAAGUCACCACAAAAAUAGAUGCACCAUUGAUAUACGCACCGGGGCCAACUGUAACUACACCAGAGACGACUGCCGCGAGUGAACCACCUACAAUCCAAACAACGACUAAGUCACCGUUUGUUUCCUCCACUACAACAAGACCAUCAACCACUUCACGGCUACCACCGCCACUUCCUGAAUCUGGAUGUGCACUCGCAUACGACCCACAAUACAGUAUUGGCGAUCCUACUGAAGGAUACAGAUUUGGAACGAAAAACGACAGUCGCAUAGAGUAUUCGAAGUUGCCAGGUCGGCAACUGGAGGGCUUCGACCUCACAAUAACUCUGCGCACCUUCGACGAACACGGUGGGCUGGUGUUCUAUGCGGCAGCAGAGCGCGCGCCUGGACAGUUCCUAGCCGUCUAUAUGAAGGAGGCUAAGCUUCAUUUCACUUUCAAUUGCGGCGGUGAAACUGGCUUGGUAGUAUCGACUCAAACCUACAACGACACAGAGUGGCACACAGCAACACUCGUGAGGAACGGUGGUCACGGCAAGCUAACAGUCGAUGGUGAACGGAUAGGGGAAACAAGUGUCACGUGUGACGCACCCGCAGUACUAACUCCUCCGUACUACUACGGUGGCUUACGAAACAUCAGCAACAUUAUAAGCCAAAACCUAAUGGAAUUCUAUCAGCCAUUUAAGGGCUGUCUUAAAGGGCUUAUGAUGAACGGACAAUAUGUAACCGACAUUUUGUACAGAGUUAACUCACUUCGAUGCACUGACAACGUGGAAAGCGGAGUUUACUUCGGCCCCUCUAACAAUGUUCACAGUAAUUAUUUGAAACUCCUUGAGAACUUCAAGGUGGGCUACGAAAUUUCCAUAACCAUGGAGAUAAAGCCGCGCAACUCGACUGGACUUUUGUUAAGUGUACACGGAAAGAGAGAUUUCAUGAUAUUGGAGCUCUUGGAGAACGAAGUUGUAGCCAAUGUCGAAAACGGCAAGGGUCCAUUCCACGCCAGUUACAAGCUUGGCAACAAAUUUUCACUUUGUGAUGGAAACUGGCACAGGAUACAUGCGAUCAAGUCCCGGCACGUGGUCUCCGUGGGAGUAGAUGGUCACUUCUCAGACCCUUGUCUCGGACAGUCCGGGUCGACGGACACUCGAUCCGCUCUAUACAUCGGAGGACACGAACGAUCUAUAUCCAGAGUUAAAGGAGUCCGCUCCAGGCGUGGAUUCACAGGCUGCAUCAGAAAUAUAGUCAUAAAGGAAGUUCCUGUACAAAUACCGCUCUCAGCGGCACGUAGGAACACACACAUCGGCGUAUGCCCCAAUGAUUAAAUGCAUUAAAAUGUGUAUGUAAUAGUAAUAAACAUGUCACAAAUUUUUAUUUUAUAUCA